CCGAUCGGUGCACCCUGCGUGUUGGAUAUUUUGUUGAAGAACCAUAUUUACUGUGUUAUCUUAAGAACGAAACGUUUAUAUCCUUGUUGAAAUAACAGAAGACCGAUUUAAGAACUUCGGUUAAUCACCGCCAAGGAUGCAAUGGCGUCGCCUUAUCCUUUCCUGAAACAUAAGCAAAUGCUGUGACGAUCGCAGAUAAUCCUACAACGGUUCAAUGUGACUUUUAAAUUGACACUCAAAGUAUACAAAGAAAUGGACAAUAAAAGAUUAAUGUUAUGAAUAUCGUCGAGUCUGUAGAUCGUGAAUUUGGAGAUCAAAGUCUGCGAGAAGCAGAUCAGGCAGGCUAGGCACUCUGGUGCUUUAGCGUGGGUAAUGGAUCCCGCUGGGCCGUGGUAUGCAUCGUACAAUCGUUUAGCCACUAGUGGUGCCGCUGGUACAUUCCAAACUACGAGUCCAACUACGAGCGGUGAUUUUGCAUCCCAUCACUUGCCCACGACUGUUACCCAAUCUGCUCCAUCGACAACGUCGCAGCUGCUUUUGCAAGCAGCACAUACAACGGCAACACUGGCAGGACAACCUUCGCCAUUUAAUCCUGGAGGGUUUCUAUCUCCACCUCCAGUCGGCUAUGACGUAUUUUCCCCCCUGUUUCAUCAUGCCAACCCUAAACAGGCACACUACGUUACACAGCAUAGACAAGCCCUGGUUCACGCUCAGGCAGUUGCUACGACAAAGCAAAACACUUCCACGGAAAAUGAAAUUUCAACACUUAGAGAGAAUUACAACUCUUCACAUCAGGCAACAUUCUUUGAGCACCAAGGCAAUGCCUCGUCACCAACAACGUCAAGUUUAGCAUGGACACAUCAAAACAAUUCCCAACUUCCUAGCCCUUUCGGCAUUUUACCACAUGAGACUGUCGUUCCAUCUUCACCAGGACCUCCUUCAUCCAAGUCUGGUGGUACUGCGUAUGAAAACACGUUCAAUGCCCACUUUGCCGCCGCUCAAACCUUGAACAAUCUAAAUUCGCAGCUUCCCUCUCCUGUAGUAACGGCAGCUGAAUUUAAAUCAUCCAACUAUACAGAGACUAAGAAAGUCACUAGUGUCAGGCCACAGUCUCCGGCUGUUACCAUAAAACCAGUGGUCUCUGUUCCAACGGCUAGCAGUACACAACCAUUUUUUCAACAAGGAGCUGCGUCAUUCGGAUCAGAACCUCUUUCUAGUAGUUACGCAGCUGCUAGUGGGAACCAAUCUUCUAACGCAAAGGUUCAAUCUUCCCUACAGCAUCAACAAUCUUGUAUUGUCUCUACAGCCAGCAAUACAUCCGGCAAGGAAUACAGGAUCCCACAACCUCCGAUAAGGUCGCCAUCGACAACUUCUAUUUUCUUGAAUACAAGUGCUGCAGUGAGAACGACACCUUCGCAAGUCCAGGAAAAACAAUCAGCAAGAAAUAGCAACUUUGCUUCCCCCCCCAGCAAGGGAGCUGCAGUAACUCCCCAAUCAAUUCAAACUAAAGCACAGACUAAAAUAUAUCCUGAACUAGGUAGCCAUGGUGAGCACAGGAGAACAGAACAAAAUGCUCACGAGAAUAGCCAGUCGUCACCGAUUAGCUUUUCUCUGAUUGAUUCUAGAGGGUUGAAUUACGCCAGCAAUAAUGCAACCAAUUGUAAUAAUGCGAACAGUAAAUUAGCCCCCAGUCAAAGAACACCUACCAAUAGUAAUAUUCAGCAGCAACACAGUCAACAACAAUUCCAUGCAUUAAAUCAACAGCAACAACAGCAGCAGCAGCAGCAACAACAACAGCAGCAACAACAGCAACAACAGCAGCAGCAACAGCAGCAAGCAACACCUUACAGACAUUAUUCUACGAGCUCUACAAGCGAUUCCGAAUAUCAUCAUACUGGGAGAUCAAAGUCUACGACUUCCACAGACUCUGCAUAUUCAUCAAAUAAUUCUACGCAAAAUGGCCCUGACUGUGCCGUCGUUGUACCACGGAGGCCUAGUCCUCUGCAAGCACAUUCACAGGCCAGUCCUCUGGGUCAUGUGCCGAGUCCUGCUUAUCCGAUGUAUAAUAGCCCUAUGGCAACAAUGUCUUCUCCAUCUCCUUUACAGCAGCAUGGAGAGCCUAGUGGAAGUCAAUGUACUAGCGGGUCACAGUUCAAAGCAACCGUUCAACAGGUCACACCUCCCUCUCCAUUGGAUGUUACCGUUCCCAGACCAGCAUCUCAAAAUCAGGUCGCAUAUUCUUCGGUGAUUACUAGGGCAUUAGGAACAACGGAGAAUAACAAGGCCAGUUACAACACGGAGAACAGAAACUAUGAAAGGCAGCAGGAAUUUAGCCAGAAUCAAAAACAGCAGGUUUGUUGGGAAAAUGAUAAUAGACAGACAAAUGCCAAUAGAAAAUUUCCAGUUACAACUUACCAAGCUAGUAACGCAGAUAUGAGUACGCAAAAUUUACCUAUUCAACAACAGGCGCAGAGAGUUUUAAAUAUUUCUGAACGGCAACAGGCUUAUUUUGAUUCAAGCCAAGUUACUUUACAGGAUCUAAGCAGCUGUAGGGGUGAUCCUAUGAGCAUUGUUAAAAAUUUACAGACCUUGCAGCAGAGCUCAUGUCAGAUACAGCAACAAGCUUCUACUCCUAAUCCGGCCGAGCAGCAGAAACAGGUUGAAGAAAGGCGGAAAGUUGAUACUGUAAGUAAGAAGAGGAAAAAUGCUGAGAAAGGGACGCAUGGGUCAUCACUUAAUGAUUUGGCAGGAGCGGCAGCUAUGACAGAGUAUUUAAGUAGAAUACCACCUCCUGCUCAUCAUAACGCUAAUCAGCAGCAACAAAAUGGUUAUUUUGAUUUUGACAGGUGGAAUAUUCCUCCACCACCGUCAAAAAUUUUUCCUUCGACUUCGGGAACUUUUACUUCUCAAACGACGUUGCAUCACUCUAAUAACUUUGUUAGUAAUCCUGCACAUCAACAUCAGUCUUUGAUGGUUACCCAUCAUCAUGCUCCCCCGCCGAUACCAUAUUUUCCGGCAUUUCACAUACCACCCGGGCACCAUGCUCAUCAUUCGCACGAGUUUCAAUCAUCAGUUGAAAUACCUUCUACUGCUUAUGGCGAGAAUUCAGUAAACCAUGCAAAUUACAAUCAAGAUGCGAGAGACGAUCAGCCCAAGGUCAUAGUUCCAAAUAUCGAAGAAGAAUUAGGAUUUCUUCAACAAAAUCAAGAACCUGUCCAGACUUUUAAUCGAAUUAACAAAGACUCCAAGGGACCGGGUAGCGGCAAAGAUCCUAAUUCUGGUUUCAUGACUAGUUAUCUCAAGUUUUUACAAGGUGAAAGAGAUCCAUCUCCUCCACCUGCGAUUCGUGGUGGCAGAAAGGCAACAUGGAACAGGUCAAAGCCUUACAUUCCACCGGAACCACAUAAAUCAGCAUCAAUUGAAAAUUCAACUCGAGCAUCUACAAAUGGAGUCAACACUCAGCCUCAAGAAAAAAUAGUCCAACCAACCUCCAAGAACACCACAAUUGACUAUGCUAACGAUCCAAGAUACUUUCCUUUACCUAAGGAGAGAAAAAAGCAAAACUUUGAUUCGAGCGAUGAUGGGUUUACAAGUGAUGAUGACUUUUCAUUUCCUCCUAAAAAAAGUGAAAAGAAAUGUGUGGAAUAUACUAUCACCAAAUCGGAAGGAAAGCCUCGGAAAGGCAGACCAAUAAAACCUGGUGGACCAACGGAUAGAAAAAGAAAAGCUGCAGCGGCUGCAGCCGAGGCUGCUGCAACUGCUGCUGCAACUGCUGUUGCUGAAAAGAAUGCAAAAAAAAUGGAAGAAGUGGAUCCCUUAUUGCUACCUCCGAGACGUGAGACGUCUAGAAGAAAAGCAAAGGAGAAAACAUCGGUGAAACAAUUUCUUGAUCGGCAGCAGGGCAUUGAUUACUUUGACAACGAUGAAGAACUCGGUGAUUCUGACUCUGAUCCAGCAUGGACACCUGCUGUUAAAUUGGUAGGAGAGGAGGAGGAAAAAAAAAAGAAAAGAAGUAGACCUGUUAUAACGAAGAAAACGAGAAGAAUUAUCGACGAGGAUGGAUAUUCAUCAGGAGAUAUUGCUGUACAGAGAAAAGCAUCGAGAAAAAAGCAAGGCGCUGUUGGCAAACAUUCUAGCAAUGCAACAAGAGCCUUGACUAAACUAGAAGAUAAAGUAAUCCCAGUUAACAGUGAUGAUGAUUUGGAUAUUUCACCAUUCAAGUCUGGCGAAUUCGUGGUAAUUAAAUCGGAUUUGGAUGAAGACUUUCCUGCCCUUUGGAGAAUAGAUGGCAAGACGCUACUUCAGAAAUACGAGCCUUUCAAAUCUAAUGGGAAAACUUUGUACAGAAACAUAUCUACGUAUUCUGGCUGGGCACCUCAAAAUCGUCACAUAUACCAACAAGUUCCAAUAAAGUUCUGGCAACAAGGCAAAAUGGAAACCGUCGUAGAAUUUCUACGUGACGAAAUGAUUAUCGACGAUAGCGAACAUAUAGUCAAAUCGAUGAAAGAUACGGAAAAAUAUCAGGACAACUUCGAAGUGUACAUACAAACGCUCAUUUCUCAAGCCCUGGAUUCGAAUUUUCUCACUGAAAUAUUUCAAGAACAAGAUGAUUAUUUCCUGUCCAAUGUGAAAACAGUUGAUGAAGUAACUGAAGAAAGAAAACGUCGACUUUUGGCUACCACAAAAUGGAAACCUAACAUUGUAACAGCAAUAUCCACAUGGCCAUGCCUGAAUAUCCUUAAAGACCUUACAGCGCCUGAAUUUAAAGGAAAACAAUGUACCGGUUGUCAGCAGCAGAAAAUUCACGCCAGAGUUCUGUUGUAUGGUCAACCGUACAACGGUACUACUCUCGAAGGCUCCCCUCCAGACCCUAGAAUCCCUCAAGAGAAGGAUUUUCUUCUAUGUCGAAUAUGUCAAGGGAAGGUAGCUUUGUACAAUAAGGUGGCGCAUCAAAAGUAUCUAAUGUUCUUGGAGUGUGCCAAGCGAGUAGCUGAUAAGCGACUUGCGGAUCCGCAUAAGGAUACAACUAUUAUACUUAAUGAGUUACUUGCUGACGAAACUUGGCUCAAUCAGUUGUUCAAAGAAGUUCGAGGCAUCUGGGCAGAAAUUGAUAGCAUGGAACAACAAACUAAAGCAAAAGUAAAUUCUCGAGUGAAGUCAACAACUCCAAGUUUGGAAAUUGACUCUUUAACGCAUACUUCGUCGACGCUGGUAAAUGCAGGACCUGCUGCCACCCCUAUUUCACAGGUGCCUACUGAAAGUAAUCCAUUGAUAAUGGUUAAUCAUACCCAAAUGAAUUUUGAGCCGUCUUAGUUCUUUUAUGACAAUUUUCACGAUCAAUGAUGACCGAAUGAGUUGUAAAAAUAUGGGUUGUUUCACCCAGUGAUAAAAUAAACACGUGAAAAGAGUAUAUAUAUAUAUCUCUACAAGAAAAACGGUUUCUCUGUAGACGUCGGACUGUCUUGAUCUUACGAAUUGUAGUAACAACAUUAAUAACAGAAAAUCAUCAUAGACAUAGGAAUACGACGAUCUUUAAUUUUAGUUGUGAAUUAUAUUCGUAGGUAAUAAUUCGUAAUUCGUAGCAAUAGUAAUAACUUACACCCGCACACACUGUUCAUCUGUAACAUACUCACCCGUGACAUAGAUGAUUGAAAAUCAUGCCCAAAUUUUGCCACUACUUUAACGUUAUCUAUUGAAAAUUAUCAUAUUCGUGUGAAUAUAGAGAUAGUUGUAGAAUUUAUAUCGCGUCUAGGUUUCGGACAAAGUUAAAUUAGAAUUUGCUAAAGUCUGAGUGUGCAAGUGAGAUAGAUAUUUUAGAAAUAUUCGUGAAAAGUGAAAGUGUGAGAAAUUUAACAAUUAACUGACUUUACUGUGUAAUAUACUCAUAUACAUCACGUUGUGCUAAAGCGUCAAAGGUUGAUACUGGUGACAGAUGAAAUCAACAAUGUUUUCUGUUAGGCUUACUUUCAACUUAUAGUUGUCCUGAAAUGAUAAUGCUGAACUUUGUCAAAUUUUUUUUUCAUUAGCGAUAACGGUUAGUCAGCCAUCCAAGAUGUUGAGCGAGAACGUUUGCCUAUUUCCAUCAACGAAAAUCUUUUCUAAAUAGUAAACAAUAUAAGCCUGACGAUACUUAUAACGCUGUCGUGGCUUCUAUAAAACUGAAACAGAGAAUGCUUCUAAAUUCAAGUGCCACAAAAUAUUGUUGUGAAAUUUGAAUUGACUAUUAACGUCUAUUGUUUGAACGAAUUACUGAUCACGGGAUGAUGAGACCUAAUAUGUAAUUCCUAUUUAACUUAUUGUUAAUAAUGGUGAAUUACCGAAAGGAAUGAAAUUCUAAAUAACGAUACAUCUGGGGAACUCAAUUGGAUACCUUAUGCCAGAGUGAAUUGGCUAUUUACAAUAUGUAAGAUGUGAGAAUUUUUACUUUUGUACGAUGUCAUGUUUCAAUUUUUAAAUACGUAUUUAUUUGGAAAAUCUUGUCCCGCGACUGUGAUAAACAGAUAAAUGGAGAAGGGCAUAAUAAUAUUUGCACUUCUGGCACAGUUUCAGAUGUGUAUAAAAUGAAAUUUAUCUAGCUUAGGAUGUAAAGUUUGUAAUUCAAUUUGCCAUUGGACCAUCCAAUUAUUAUGAACACAAAUAACGUCGUGGUUCACGUACUGUCUCUCAUUGAUUAUCUGCAUUUUUCAUUCUUCUGAAAAAACGAUUCUUACUUCCAGCCAUAAUAUAUGUAUGUAUGAAAAUUCCAAUUAAAUAACAGUUUCUUCUGCUUGAACAAAGGACUCAAAGUUGUUAGCUGUAAAAUCUAUGCACAUUCAAAACCAGUAACCGAAAAUUAUCGUACAUUCAUACGUAUGCAAAACAGUUGUUUGAAAUUCGUGGUAUUUAAUUAUCAUAUUUUGCAAGUAGUAAUUUUUAGUUGAAAAUAUAGUUGAAAAUCAUCUGCAAUUUAACCCUAAUCGUUCACACCUCGGUAAAGUAAUCACAAAUUCAAUUGUGCAGAAAAAAAAACGAGGAGUUUGAAAAAUAUUUGGGGUGAAAUUCACCCAGAGUGACCAAUUAGGGUUAAGCUAGUAAACUAAUCCAUGUCGACAUUUCGAAAAGCCACUUUUGGAAUAAUUUAUUUGCCGUAAUGUAAUAGUUUAUUUAAUUGCUUUUGUGUACAUAAAAAUUAUGAGAAUAUGUAUAUCGACAGAAAUCGCGUGUUUAGUCAAGUGCGACGCUGCAAGUUACUUGCUAAAGUCACAAAAAUCGUAUAACGGUUACUAACAUCAAAAAUUCCUGCUAGUUCUUUAUGUAUCUUUAUAUCAAAUCAAUUUAAAAAAUGAAUCAAAUACGGAAAUGUACAAACUCAUAAGUUUGAAGUAAAAUAUCAAUUUGUUUUGGAGAAAGCGAGGGUAUAUAAUGACUAGAUAAGUAGGAGAGUAAAUUACUGGCGUUUUAUCAUUCAACGAUUGAAAAUUAGUUAAGAUUAUCGUUAUUUUCAUUAUUAUUAUUAUCAUCACUCGUGAAUAUCAAAAUUAAUUUUCAUGGCAAUUUAAAAAAAAAAUAUGGUUUCUACCGUACGAUUGUAAACAUCACAUUUACACAAUUUAGAAUCUAUACUUAAUAUCUUUAUUUCAUCAUCCACCAUUUCGGAGCAUUGAUAAAUAGUUUCGUAACGUUUAAUGUUAAGUUGCAAUAGCUCUUAGAUAUACUUUCCAGUAGAUGAUAAACAUUUAGUAAUAAUACCAUAACUGCUGAUAGUUUGCUGUACAUUAAAAAUCACUACAUUUUAAUUGGCAAUAUUGCUACAUAUUGUUUAAACGUUCGAAGUGUUUAAGUUUUCAUUUGUUUCUACGUUUAUUAGGAAUUAUAUUGGUAAAGACAAGUGGUGAUAUGUGUGUGUGGCGAGAAUGUAUUUUUUGAGAAGAUGUAUCAAAUUAUAUUUGUAAAUUGUAAAGAUAUAAUAGCGAUAGGUGGCUACAAUUAAUGAAAUUGGCUGUCAAGUUUCAAUACCUUUUUCUUCUUAUUUUUAUCAUUAUUAUGACAAAUUGAAAUUACUAUACGAAUACUUUUCAUAAAUAUUACGUAAUUGAUUUGUACUGUAAAUUAUCGAAUCAAUUAUGGACUUUGAACGUUAUAAAUGCGGGCAUUUGGACAUUAACAUCACAAUAAUAAAAAGUACAGUAUGCAAGUGAAAAAUUUUUAUUUUCGAAAAUGUGCCAUAUCACAUAAUGGUGGUAUUAUGUUUCAAGAACUCAACGGUCAUAGCGCCAAACGUCUUAGACAAGGGUGUGAAAUGAUAAUCAUGAAGUUUGAAAUUGUUGUAUAAAAAUUAUUAUAUAAACUUCUUGGCGUGAUGUAAAUCUUGAUACAUAUUAUCUAUCUGAUGCAGCUCACUUAUUAUCAAAACUAUUAAUAUUAUUGUUAUAUUAUAUUAUUUUGGCAAAAUGGCAAAUGUAUUGUUUAUUACUUUAAAUGUAAAUUUCUAAUCUGUUUUUAAUUUCCGACUUACUGAGUAUUUUGUAUGUUUUUCACCCAUCGCAAUACAAAGUUUAGUGUUUUCAGUAAUGUGAAAAACAAUAUCAACAUAUGCAUAUUAGGAUUGUUCUUAUUUGGGAGUAGGAAAGGUUUUUCUUGCCUUCCCAGAUCUGUUCCAAAUCACGGGGAAAAAAUUGUCUAUAGUAUCAAGCCGCCACGUCCAUUGAAACACGUGCCUAGUUUUCCCAUUCAACCCAUGAUGAUAAGUAAAUGCAAAGAAAUCUGGUGAAUAUGAAUAUUUUUUUUGUGUCAAAUACAAAUUAUUAUACAAAAAUAUAAACGAGAGCUUUAAUUUUUUUUUCAAUACGUUCUUGUUUGAUUUUUCCUAAAUAAUACGAUACUGAACAGAAAAGAAUGUUUGACUGAGAAUAACUUGUAUUAUUUUAAGUAAGAAUUGGAAUUUUGCAAAAAAAUUUAAAGAUCAUUUUUAUAGAAUUUUUUUGAUCUACUGGAAAAUCAAUGCCGAGUAAGAUAUUUUUUUUUUUUUUUACCUAAAUGGGAAAAUUCAAACUCGUUGAAAGACGUGUUCCAGUUGACGUAGUAGCUUGAAACUUUACACACAUUCUUUUCGAGUGAUUUGAAACACGCAUUUGGGGGGGGGGGGGGGGGGGCAAUGAAAAUUUAUCCGAACCCCAAAUAAGGACCACCUGUAUAUACAUGUAUGUAUAUGUAUAUACAUAUUAUAUGAGCGUUUGUUUAAUUUCGCGGAUUUUUUAAUUUCAUCAAUUCCCACCCUUAAAUCGGCUGAAAAUAAUUUCUUUUAAAUUACGAAGGCGCAGUUUCUUAUCUCAAUGCGAACCUAUGCCAGUGGGAUGGUUUUUUUUUGUCAUUAAAAAUAGAUGUAUAUAUACUAUAUUAUAGUAUACAUGUACAUACGUACACAUACGUGUAUGUACAUGUAUUUUGACAAAAUAUUCUUCCGUAACUUAUGUUUUUAUUAAUCAAUUUUCAAUAAAAUUUGAAAAAUAUUAAAUGUAGUUCUACACAAUUUCUCAGCAUAACUAAGAAAUAUACAUGUAACUCCGGUUUUUCCUACCAAGAAUUUAAAUCCGGAAUCAAAUCUAUUUGAAAGUGAACUAUCAUUCAAUUCUUUUCGAUGCCCGCAACGUCGAAAUUUAUCUCGUGCAGAAGUUCAUCUGCGUUGCUACCACACGAAAUCAAAAGUGAAAGAUAUUCCUUAUACUUUGUCAGGUUGCAGUAUGUAGUGAAAACCGCAUCCGAUUUUUUGCGUAGAUAAAUCUAACUAUUUUGAAUGUGUAAGAUUUUUCGUUUUCGCAUUGUCAUUUCACGCGAACUAUGGCUGAGAAUAAAAUAGUGGUUAACUUUCUACUACUAGUAAUAAACGAGAUACUUAGAUUGUUUCCGUUAAAAAUGAGCGCCUAAACUAAUGUUGGUAAUAGAAGUUACAUCGGAAAUAUUUGGGAUGCAUCGGAAAUACGAACUGAAGCAAUUUCGACGUAAUUUUUGUUACGAACAUCAAAAUCAAUUAGCAGGCUACAAUCCUCAUAUUUAUCAACAGACCCUUGAUACGUCAUGUAAAAAUCGAAUUGGCCACGUGCCAAGAAAGAUUACUAAUCGGGGAAAUAUUUCACCUCAAAAAAGAUACUCUGCUAAGCCGCCUGGGAUGGGAUAUUUCUCCGAUCAAAAAUUUUACACAUUUCAAUCCGAUUUUAGCAGGAUUUAUCAAGGCUUUAUUGACGAUUUCGAAAAUGAUAGCAGAAAUCGCUUCAAAUGUUGAUGAAAAAAGUUUCAUUAGAAAUACAAAAGAUUUGAUAAGUUGAAACCGACAAAAGAUUUGAUCAACUGAAACAGUCAAAAGCUUCGAUUAGCUGGAAUAGACGAAAGGUAUGAUUAAUUGAAACAGUUAAAGUUUGUUUUGCUGAAACAGACAAAGGUUUGAUUAACUGCACAGACUUGAUUAGUUAAAACAGACGAAGUUACGAUUUGCACAAUGACGAAAGUCCGUGGACCGGCAAAAACUAUGUCGAGCCCAACGUCAACAUUCAUGAAAAUAGUCUUCUACUCCAUCAUUUCUAUGAUUGAAGAAAAGAUUAUAAAUUUUUUGAAUCGACUUUAUUCUUCUACCUGGAAUUAUUGAAAUAAAUAUUUUGUUCGAAUGAAGACGCAAUAUUUCUCGGUAUGCUUGAAAAAAAAAAUCAGUUCGUUGCCCUGAAUCAAAAGACAAUACAAUCAUUAAAAAAAUACUUUUGUACACCUC